UUUGGACAAGAGGGGAAUAACAAAGAUAUGAAAAGGUUGGGCUUUUUAGGAACAUCACAUUUUUCAUAGCGUUCACAUGCUGGUGGUGGGGGACAUAAAACGCAUGCCAUUAUUCCUCUAGCCGUUGCCCAAAAAAAGUCUAAAAUUCUAAACCACCGCCGCCGCCCCCACGACGGCUCUCCGCUCUACAUAUAUCCCUCCGCCUCCCUACACACCCAUUCACAAAUUCUCUCUCCCUCUCUUAAUCUUCAUUUCUCCCGGCGUCACUUGUAUACUCAGAGGAUUCAUGUCUGCAUCGACGGAGAAUGGAAAAGUACCUUUACCAAAGUUCGGUGAUUGGGAUGUUAAUAACCCCUCAUCAGCAGAGGGGUUUACUGUGAUUUUUAACAAGGCCCGCGAUGAAAAGAAAACAGGCUGUACGACCGAAGCGCCGGGAAAGGAUGAUGUCACCAAUACUAAUAGACAUGCACCUAAUCCAUCAAAACCCCGAGCUAGUAAAUGGAAAUGCUGGUAAUGCUGAAAAAGGGAUCUUGGAGUAUCAAAAUAUGAAUUAGGGAUUUUCAAUAUGGAGAAGGGAUCAAGAGAGAUGGAGACUCUUGUGUUCUUCUGCUGCUCAUAUCUAUUUUUAUCAUGUAAAAUUAUGAAGAACUGAAGAUAUAUAUAUAUAUAUAUAUAUAUAUAUAUAUAUAUAUAUAUAUAUAUAUAUAUAUAUAUAUAUAUAUAUAUAUAUAUAUGAAGACAUGAAGAUAUAUCUUUCUCUUUCUACUAUAUGUGCCUUGUCUGGAAUUUCACAUUCUUUUGUGAUGCUUAAAGCUAAGCAUUUUUCUUUUUGUCUGUAACUAAGUGUACUGAAUUUCUAUGCCAUAUGCACCUAUCCACUUUGGAGAAGUGGAUAGAAAAAAUAAAGUGGCAUAAAUGUAUUGCAUGCUU